UGUUCAUAAUUGUAACUUAGAUGCAGAUUUGACCAAGACAUAUAUAAGAAAUACACUAUUUCUACACAAAUGCAGGUUAUUCUAAAGGCUUCACUUACCUUUUUUUGCCACUGUGUAUAAUUGUUGCCGCUAACACUUGCAGACACCAUAUCUUUCUGUAUUGAGAACUUUUAUUUUUAAUUCAUAAAGCACAUUUUGCUAAUAAUAGAAAUGUACUUAAAAUCAUUCUCAAUGCAGGAUUUUUUCAGUGGGAUAUUACUCCUUUUUGCUCCACAACCACUACCACCUGCUUUUGAAAGUGCAAACCUUUUGAAUGCAGGUCUUGCUUUGUGGAAUUUCUAAAAUAUCUGAAUACUUUUACCACCAAUGUCUGUUACCAUGUGGUUUUUUUUUUUGUUUGUUUUUUAGCAGAGGUGUUAAUCACCAAAUGAACAAAUGUGUCAGGGGGAGAGGACAGGAGAAGUGGUUUUAAAAUCUGCCUCCGGUCAAAGAGGUGUUUUUCCUCUUGGUUUCUUAAUGUUCCUUCACUGUGAUGUUGGUGUUGAUAUGCAUCAGCGCAAAAAUGAUGUUUGUGCAGUUUGACAGUAGAAACUGUUUUCACAUGCAUGUACUGAAGGAGGUGGUGGAGGAGGACGUUUUUCUGUGCUCACGUUUAAUCCUAAUGAAAUGUAACUGACGUUUUUACUUAUCCACUUAACUCCUAUUCUGUUCAUAGAGUCUGUGGUUUUCCGAUAAGAGAGAAGGAGCAAUUGAAGAGACAUAGAGACGUAUUCCAAGCAGAGUGUUUGGUGUGUCAUGCUGUCUCUACAGUUUCAGUUGUAGUGAAGUGUUGGCGCCACCUGCAGGACGGAGCUGCUUCAUGGAAACAUUGUGGCACCGUUAAGUUAACCCCGACGGAUCAAGGUCUGAGCACGGAACUGGAAACAGUUGCACUCUGCCGAUCACUCCUUCAAAAAGAUCAACUUUCUCCCGUCCGCCGUCAGGCUGCUGCUUUCCUCUUCCGCCAGGACAAGCCGUCAGUUUAACUCAGCCGGAGUCAGUGCAGAGAGGGGCGGUGGUGGGCUGCAGCUGCACACAACAAUGAUCCCCAACAUCGUCUUUCGCUCCCAGUCUCUUUGGAACAACUGCGCUCUUUCCAGAGUUUACAAAGUUCUGCGGGCACCAUGCUCACUUCAGCCGGGACCAACUGCAGCAAGUCGUGGCAUCCAUGUGGACUCUCCGCCUGUCAUCCCAAGCCUAACUACGAGUUAUGCCCACGGCACCUCAUCCACAACUUUGCUCCACACUACAAUAGGAGAGUCUCUGCUGAGGACUGUGGAGCGCUACCCUGACAGAGAGGCGCUGGUCUUUCUAGAAGGCGGCAUCCGCAAGACAUUCGCACAGUUUCAGCAGGAUGUGGAUCAGGCUGCAGCUGGACUGCUGGCUCUUGGCCUGAAGAAGGGGGACAGGCUCGGCAUGUGGGGACCCAACACUUACGAAUGGGUCCUGUUCCAGUUUGCAACAGCCAAAGCUGGAAUUAUACUGGUGUCAGUGAACCCGGCGUACCAGCUGCAGGAGGUGGAGUUUGCGCUGCAGAAGGUUGGGUGUAAAGUUGUUGUGUGCCCCACGGAGUUUAAGACCCAGAAGUACUGUGACAUGCUGCGACGCAUAUGUCCAGAGAUCGAGUCGUCCAGCCCAUCCGACAUCAAGAGUGCCAGACUUCCAGAUCUCCGCUCCGUGAUUGUUCUGGAUAGUCGACAGCCAGGAAUGCUUCAUCUGGACGACGUCAUGCAGGCCGGCAGCAGCCAGUACGUACAACAGCUUCAGGAUCUGCAGAAGAAGCUCUCGUUCGACGACCCAAUAAACAUCCAGUUCACUUCGGGCACAACUGGGACUCCAAAGGGUGCCACCUUAUCUCAUCACAACAUUGUCAACGAUGCCUACUUUGUUGGCAGGAGAGUGGGAUACCAUUGGAGGCCUGACACUCGGAUCUGCCUUCCUGUGCCUCUGUAUCACUGCUUUGGCUCCGUGGGUGGUGGGAUGUGUAUGGCCAUGCAUGGCACCUCCCUGAUCUUUCCCUCUGCCGGAUACGAUGGAAAGGCCAACAUAGCAGCUUUGGAGAGUGAAAGGUGCACCUUCAUCUAUGGCACCCCCACCAUGUAUGUUGAUAUGGUCAACCAGCCGGACCUGCCUAAAUAUGACUUGUCGUCAGUGGAAGCAGGCAUCAUGGCUGGUUCCCCUUGUCCUCCAGAGCUUGUGAAGAAGGUCAUAUCUGUAAUGGGCAUCAAGGAAAUAACGAUUGGAUACGGAACCACAGAGAACAGCCCUGUGACGUUCUGCGGCGCCACAACAGACAACAUGGAGAGGAAGUCUGAGACAGUGGGCUUCAUCAUCGACCACUUAGAGGCUAAAAUAGUGAACCCCACAACCAGAGAGGUCGUUCCUCUGGGGAUGCUGGGAGAGAUCAUGAUCCGAGGGUUUGCUGUGAUGUUGGAGUACUGGGGCGACAAAGCCAAAACAGAAGAGUGCAUCACUGAAACCGGCUGGUACAAAACCGGAGACAUCGGCAGCUUGGACGGGUACAGCUACCUUCGCAUUGAGGGCAGGAUUAAAGACAUGAUCAUCAGAGGAGGAGAGAACGUUUACCCAGCUGAGAUCGAACAGUUCCUGCACACACACCCCAAAGUGAAGGAGGCACAGGUGGUUGGAAUUGAAGACGCUCGUAUGGGUGAAGAAGUUUGUGCCUGUAUCAAACUGGUCGACGGACAGGAAUGCACUGCAGAAGAAAUCAAAGCUUUCUGCAAGGGACAGAUCGCUCACUUCAAGAUUCCUCGCUACGUACUUUUUGUAAGCAGCUACCCGCUCACUAUUACUGGAAAGAUCCAGAAGAACAAACUACGCGAGGAGUCUGAGAUGCAGCUGGGAGUCAAGAAGGGAAAAUGAGAAGCGCCGGUCGUUCAUUGAGCGAAGUCAGUUACAGUAUAUUUUGUAAGAUAAACAGUAAGAGGGAUUAUAUACACCCAGCCAUCAUAGCACCUUUAUCUCACAACAGAGGAGUAAUAGACAGGUAUGAUUGUAUCCUCCUGUAUCCACUUGUUAAAGGGUAAAUGUUGUCAUGUUUGUUUUUAAUGUCAACAAAUCACAAGAAUCUAUCUAU